CUCUCUAGUCUAUCUACAGGCUGUCCAGGCCACUAUGAUCCUGUCCACAAUUCUCUGCUGCGUGGGUUUCUUUGUGUUCAUCCUUCAGCUCUUCAGACUGAAACAAGGAGAGAGAUUUGUCUUUACAGCCAUCAUCCAGCUACUGGCUAGCCUGUGUGUGAUGAUCGGAGCGUCCAUCUACACGGCAGAGAGGCAGGGUUUUACGGAGGAGUCUCUAAGGAAGGGAGGAUAUGGCUCAUCCUACGUCCUGGCCUGGAUCAGUUUCCCCAUGACUGUCAUCAGCGGACUCAUGUAUCUGGUGCUGAGGAAACGCAAAUAAAAACACUCUACAAGACACACAAACACAUUAUAAUUGAACAGAGGAAGUGUGUAAACUAACAGUCUAUUUGCUAAACAUGUUGUUUAGAGGGGAGUGGGAUGAGGUUUCCAUGGUGACGUCUAUUAGCUAAACUCUAAACAUGUUGUUGUAAAGAGAGGCUGUUUUAAAAGAUGUUUUCUCCACACUGUGUGG